AUGGAACAUCUUCUUCGAAAACAGCAGAAAGGAGUUUCAGCCAACAUGCAAAGCAAAUACAAAGAGAGGACCACGAACAAUAAUUUUAUUAGCAAAAGCAAGUUUGUUGGGGUGAGACAAAGGCCUUCUGGGAAAUGGGUAGCAGAGAUCAAAGACACAACGCACAAGAUAAGGAUGUGGCUCGGCACCUUCGAGUCAGCCGAACAAGCUGCUCGAGCUUACGAUGAAGCUGCUUUCCUUCUUCGUGGUUCCAACACUCGAACCAACUUUGCAACUCAUAUCUCCCCAGAUUCACCUAUCUCUUUGAAAAUAAAGAACCUGCUCCAUCAGAAAAAGACUUCGAAACAACACCCUUCAGCAGUCCCCACCGUUAAACCGGCGAGUACUAGAAUUACUCCUACUUGUUGUCUCACUAAUUUUAGCACUAAACAAAGUGCUUCUUCUAGUGGCAAAGACCAAGGUCCUUUGAUGGUUGGCGAUGUAUAUAGACCAGAAUUAAGCAACUGCGUUGCGGGAGUUGAAGCAGGCAAGUUUCAUUCUGAUCACUCGUGGACAUCUCAAAGUCCUACUGGGUCAGAUCAGCUUCCAUUACUUCAAGAUAGGUUGGAGUUUCCCAAACAUGGUGUUAAUAAUUUGAUGCCUGCAGAUACAACAUAUGUAGAGCUUACAGAAUUUGAAAGAAUGAAGGUAGAAAGACAGAUUUCAGCUUCGUUAUAUGAGAUGAAUGGAGUGAACGACUAUGCAUAUGAUGACGCUAGUGAUCCCCUCUGGGAUCUGUCCGCUCUCUGUCACUUGUUCUGUCCAAGUUAA